CGCUGACUGCGCCCCGGAGCCAUGGAGCAGGAGGAUGUGGGUGCCAGGAGCCAGCCAGAUGCCCCCUUCCACCAAGCUCUGCAUUGAAAUCAUCCUCGCACUGCUCUGCCAGGGUCGGCUCUGCCAGGUGCCCGUCUAUCAGAUCCAGGUCCCGUCCCGCGUCACGGCCCAGCAGGGUCUCUGCGUCCUGCUCCCCUGUAAUUUCACAGCCAAUUUUGAGUCCUCCGGGGUCGCCUACAAAUACUGGUUCCUCGGGGACGACGACAGGGACAGCAGCCCGGCCGUGGACACCACAGAUCCUGGCAGGGUUCUGUGGGAUCCUGGGGGCCGGAUCAGGCUGGUGUGGGAAGCCCCAGACGACUGCUCCCUGCGCAUCAGCGACGUGAGAGCCAGAGACAGGGACCGCUACUACUUCCGCUUCGAGAAGGGAGACUUUAAAUACACCUACCCUGAGACCCAGCCGCUGGUGGACGUGACAGAGCUGAUGGAGCCGACGGUGCUGGGGGUCCCCGAGGUGCUACUCUCCGAACAGCUGGUGAAUGUGACCUGCCAGGCUCCAUGGACUUGCUCUGGGACCCCUCUCCAAAUCACCUGGACAGGGGGGUUCAACUACACAGCCAGGAACGUCUCGGUCACCCUGGCAAACGGCAGUGUCUACUACAGCUCUGAGCUCAGCUUCACGCCAGCCCUGGGGGACCACGGCAAAGAGCUCGUCUGCACCGUCACGUACCCCGCCCUGGUCGGGGUCUUCACCCGCAGAUACGUCCAACUCCAGGUCCACUGUGAGUGA